AUGAGUAUCUCUCUCACUUUAUUAGGCUCACUAAACGAACAUAGAGGAUGCAUAAAUAGUAUUAAAUUCGACUCCACUGGAGUCUAUUGUAUGACUGCUGGGAAUGACAGGACAGUAAGAUUAUGGAAUCCAUCUAAAAAGCUACACAUAAAGAAGUUUUUCGGACCUCACAAUUACGAGGUCAACGAUGUGUGCCUCAGAGAAGAUAAUAAAAACUUUGUAUCAGUAGGCGCUGAGCACUCAGCCUUUCUCUGGGAUACUCUGGAGGCCAAGAUCAUAAGAAAGUAUAACCAUGGAGGGAAGAUUUGCUGUUGUAAUUAUGUUUGGAGGAAUGAUCUUCUUGUAACUGGAAGUGAAGAUAAAAUGGUAAAAGUGUGGGACAAUAGGUCAAAAAACCCAGUUCAGACCUUUCCAGACGCAAAGGAUACAAUAUCUUGCGUAAAUGAGCGGAAUUCUACGAUUUCAGCCUCAUCAAUGGACGGCCAUGUCCGUCACUACGAUCUUCGUAAGGGCGUUUUGAAGGACGACGCUUUCACUCACUCCGUAAUUUCGUAUGUUUCUUACUCCUUAAUUCCACUUAGGUUCUCAAUGCUAACUGGAGUACCGGACUGUUACAUUUUUGCCUCCCUGGACGACACAAUAAAACUAGUGGAUAACGGCACCGUUCUGGCCUCUUACAAGGGGCAAACCUACGACAACUACAAAGUUAACUGUGUUUUUGACCCUUUUGAGAAAUUUAUCAUUUCUGGCUGUUCCUCAGGCGAUAUCCUAUUCUGGCCCAUUAAUAGCACUUCAGAGUCCUGCGAGGUUCUGGUAGAGUCUGCCCACCAGGGUGUUAUUACCACCCUGUCCUUUUCAAACCCUGAGCUAUUAAACUCCACGGGAAAACUUAAAAAAGAUGUGGAAAAAAACGUCCGUGAGCUCGUUUUAAAGGAAGACAACCUCCUAGUCUCCGGUGGUAGGGACGGUCACCUAAAAAUUUGGAAUUUGUCCUAUAAGUAUCUAUACUUUACUAUAGUACAUGUAAAUAUUGAAAAUCAAAUGUUUAUAAAUUGUGAUGAUAUUAUUUGUUAA